UUGCAUGUAAUGAACACCAAACAGCAGAUAGCAGCUGGAGCAACCCUAACACUCGGAACAAUAUUCUUCUUCUACAUCUACCAAAAAUUCAGCUCCAACAAGUCCGACAAAACCAGCAGCUCAGCAACUAAACGGAGCGCUGCUCGAACUCUCCUCUCCAAGUACAACCCCAGACCCACUGCCCAGGACAUCCAGACAGACAAUGAGUUCCAGGGGAGGGUAGUGAAGAGUAAAGUUAGUGAAGGUGGGAUUGUGUAUCAUGAUAUUAGAUACCCUAAACCAGACGAGCAGGAGGAGCACGCUCCGGAGGUAGCUUCUGGAGUUAGCGACCAAUCAGGACAAGAACUAGCCUGUUGUUCCACAGAAACCCAGCCUGCUCAACCAGCUGACUCUAGAGAUAAUGAGCCUGAAACGGAGAUAUCUGAACCUCAGUCAGUGUCAGUUGUUGAGACUGAGCUCAUACCUGACACUACACCUGAUAUUCCUGUAGUGGCUGCAUCUUCUGUUAGUGAGGUGGAGAAUACCCCACAUAUCCCGCAUACCCCACAAACCCAACAGAAAUAUAAUCAGAAUGGAGCAGAUAAGAUUAAUGGUGACUCUACACCUAACACUGAAGCAGAACCAAGCUCAGAUGCCACAAACUCCGUGCCAUCCACCUCAAAUGAUACCCUAUCAGACACUAUCGUGAGGAAUGGCGUGGUUGGAGGUCUGGUCACUACUGAGGAAUUCGUUAGGAAUGUUGUCAGAGCUAAAGAUAAAGUAGAGAUGGAAAGAAGAAGAGACAAAACAGAAACAAUCGAGCAGAUAUUCAACAUUCCUUCUAAAGCUGUGGGAAAGAUAAUAGGAAAAGAGGGUCGGAGUAUAAAAGCUAUACAGCGUGAUAGUGGUGCUAAACUUAAGUUCCCUGGAAACAGGGACAGAUCAGCGACAUUCCAGAAAUUGUUUGUGUUCGGUACACUUAGACAGGUUGAAGAAGCUGUUGCACGUCUUGUAAGCCUUAUGCCUGCUGAUUCUAUUUGUGCCGAUCUUAUCAACUGGACACCUCAACUCGCUCUAUCAGGAGAUUUGAAGUCGGUUGAUUUGAUAGAGAAUACAGUCUGUAUAGGACGAGUUACUCACGUCACAUCCCCUGACUGUAUUUGGGUUCAAAUAUGUCGAGGUGUAACCGGCACUGACUACCUCACUCAACUUGGUACUCUUACUGACAAUAUUACUGACACUCUUGGCAGGAAGAUCUACGAUAUGAAAAAAGCCCUGAUACCAGUUAAGGAUAUCAAAGAAGGAACAUCCUGCGCUGUUUUGUUGGAAAGCAGGGGUUACCGGGGCAAUGUUAUCUGUCCGGGCACGCCAGAUAACGAUGUUCAUCAGGUCAGACUAGUGGACUUUGGGACUCCGCAUUCCUUCACAGAACUCUUCAGACUUGAUGCGUACUACUUUGCUAUGCCAGCAUUGGCGGUGAAGUGUUCUCUAGCACACAUAUCUAAAACUGAGGGAGAUCCUAUCUGGCCCGACGGUGCUUCAAAGUAUUUGGAGGAGUCUCUAGCCAACUGUUUUGUCAAAGUGAGGACUGUGACGGCUGGUCACGUGCCAAAAGUAGAACUUUACACUGAGUUAGGACCGAACAGCAAGAAUUCCGUUUACGUGAAUCGAGAGUUGGUUUACGAUGGUUACGCUUCCUGGGUCGAGUAAACUACACAUCAACUCAACGACCCCUGAAACGUGGAAUAAUUUUAUUACUGUGUGAUCUUAUAUGGUUUUAUUCUUUUAUAAUUAAGCUGAUUAGAAGUGUUCUAUUCGCGUACCCAAUACCCAUAUUGUGAAAAAGCUGAUAUUUAGCCAUGAUUUUCACAAAUAAAGCCAGUUGCAGUAGUCAGUACAAAGUCAUGAUUGUUUUGGAGUGAAUUUUGGAUAUCUUUUUUAAUGAAUAAUUUAAUCAUGACAACUGUUCACAAUGGUGCUAUAUCUCCAUUAUAAUUUUAUUUGUUAAUUAUUUAUUAUUUUACAACAUUUUUUAUCCGAAUUUUAUUUUUUCCAAGUCAUCUAAAGCGAACAUUUUAAAAAUUUCGUAAAUUAUAUCGCCAACAGUCUUUAGAACGUUUUAUUGUGCAUUGAAAUUUCAUCGUUUUUUUUUCAAUACUAACUACUUCCCUCUUUAGCAUGUACAUAUGGCAGACAAAUAUUAAGGGUAGGAUCAUGUUGCCGCCAUCUUAUCAGAUCACAGUGUUUACUGAGAAGAAAUGACGCCACCUCA